AUGUUCGAGGCAUCCGGCGUCAGUGGCAUCGCCGGUCUUCUCGCGGCUACCAUACAGUUGGGUAUCGCAGUGAGCCGCCAGAUUGACGCCAUCUCCGAUGCUCCGCGAGCCCUAUCCGCGCUUUCAACCGACAUCAAGGACACUUCCUCGGUUCUUGAGACGCUUCAGGGCUAUAUUGACGAUGAAGAAACCGUCAGAGGCGUACUGCAUCCUUCCACGGCUCGCGAUCUGGAGGUGGUCCUCAAAGACACCAUCCAGUGCCUGUGUCUGCUUGAGGAAACGCUUGAGAGGUACACCGGCGGCCGGCCUGGCGUGAGACUAGGCGUGUGGAAGAAAGCGAAGAUUUCAUUCAAAGCGCAAGAGUUCGCGGAAUUGAGAAGGCAGCUUGCAGUGCAGAAAAUGGCAUUCCGUGUCAGUGUGACGGUGGCCAAUUUUAUUAACACGACGUACGAAGCAACGCCUGAGAUGCAAAAUGAAGUUUGUAAAGUGAAGGCCGACGUCGCGAGCCUCCUUCUAAGCCUUGAGAGACUUCAUCGACGGCAGGGUGGAGGACGAGCAGCGUUAUGGGCUUUCAUCAGUCGGGCUAGAAUCGUUGCGGACAUCGGUCGCAAGCCGGCCGACCGGCGGGCGACAAAGCUGAAGCAAACCGCCCAGCACAGCGGCAAGCCUUGCGUCAGUCGCGGAUCAACCUCGAAGGGUGACAAGGCGCCGACAAAGCUCGUCGGUCUUUGGUCUGGCGGCGGCAUCCGAGCCAGCUGGCGGGAGUACAGGCAUCGUCGAUGA